GCCAGCAUCUCUAGUGGAGCUUCUCUGUAUUUGUCUAUCUUUGUUUCUUAGUGCCGGCCACAUCAAGUUAACUGUGUCUAUUGAUUGUGUUUUUUUUGACUUGGUUUCACCCCGACGCAGUACCACUGCAAUACUUUUAUACAGACAGAAUAUCAUACAGAAGCUCCAGCACUCCCAAUGGGAACUCUACAUCAAAUGCCCCCUGCAGCACCAGUUCCGCCUCGACAUCCACAGCAAGGCAAUAUGCCUCAAGGAUUUGAACAUCUACAGCACCAGCCCAACAUGGACGAUCUUGCAGAUAAUAUGGCCAGGCUUGAGAUGAACUAUCCAGGAAACGAGUUUCUGAAUCGGGGCGCAGAAAACCACAAUAUCAAGCAAAUGUCCCAAAUGCCGCCCUGGAACGGCGACUCGAAAGACACUUCAUAUCAUGGCUGGAUAUUUCGUCGGGUAAGAGAAAGACACCAAGGUAAAAAUACAGGCUCUAAAAUAGAGAUGCGUCGCAUGAAACAAGAAUCGAGGGAUCUAAAAGCUUUAGCGAAGGGAGGCAUUUCAGUUGGGAUUGCCAGGGAUAUCCGCGCAGAGGUGAAAAAACUGAUUAAUACACUAAAUGACACUGAUCGGGAUUACGAAUGGGUCUGGGUAUAUGCAAAAGGCCACUUUGAUGGACAAUCUGCGGAUAUUAUUGUCAAGAAAUCUUUGACAAAAAUAAACCCUCUCGGCCCCCAGGUUCCGAACCGGAACAACAUUAUCCGUCAUCAACCUGCAGUUGGCGCUCCUGCCUCUUUCCCAAGAGAUAUCCCAAAUGGCCCAGCUCUUCCUCCAACGAACAUAGGUGCUCAGCCAGUUCAUCCACAGUAUAAACAGCCAGCUCCAGUUCGCCCAGCUCCAGUCCCUCAACAAUGGCAUAAUCCAGGACAUAAUCAAGGACCAACAGGACCCAUUCCAGAGCAAGACCGACCUUGGACAGAUGUUGACAACGGAGGGUUGCCUCAGUUCCAUAAUCCAAUGGAUCAGAGACCUAGGCAAGAAGUUACUAGCGAAGGGGCUCAUAACAAUAGAAGGGCUCAUGCUGUUCCUAAUGCACAGGCCCAGCCUGAACCCUUCAUCCAUAUGAAUCUGAAGGGCAAUUUGCCACCUCAUGCCCAAGGAAGCAACCCCAAGAUCCCAAAACCCGCAGUCCACCAGCAGCAACCGCGUGCAUCUCAUAUCUUUGACAGAAUUCGCACACCAGAUUCAUAUGAAUCGGCUAGUAGCGUAGCCGAUGAGGACCCUCUCUUUGAAUCCAGUGAUAGUGACUCGGCCACUACUGUUUCGAUGUCUUUUGAGGACAAAGUGCGCUACACAAGCAAAAAUGCGAGGCCAAGAGCAGAGGCCAAAAAAUAUCGCAUGCAUGAGCGGCCUUCAAGUCGAAAACACCGUGUGAGAACUGUUUAUCCUGAUAGCUUCUCUGAUAGAUCUCCAUCGAGAAGUAGCCUCAGUAGCCGAAAACUACAUCGAAGAGAUAGUGAGAUUGUGGACCGACACGAAAGCCUCGUCUCUGCUAAAGGCGAUGGACAAAAUGAUUUGGUUCGUUUGUACAACGGGUUACACCACCAAGGCAUAGCCAUAGCCGAUACCCAAAACAUGAUUCAGCAAUUGUUAGCGCGAGAUAAACACAUGUUGUCAACGAGUCGACAUGCUAUGCCAGUUGUUCCAGACCGAAGUCUUUAUCCUGCUCAACGACGACCUCACGGUUAUCGAGAACCUCACUAUCCUACCUAUCCUAUGUAUGACCAUCAUUCUCCACGUUAUUACUAUUAAAGUAUAUUUCAAUAAAGUACUAUGAGUGUCUUUCGGCUUAUCUUUCAAGUAUAUUCCAAUUUGCCAACAUGUACUAUCUAAUUAUUUUGCUCUAUGUACCCAAACUAUUUGUAUUAUGAGAUCUUUA